AUGCUAGCAGAACCGCCGGAUGUACAAGCAUUGCUAGAAAGCCUAGUGACAGGCGGGACGAUCCCAAAGGUCUGUCAGAUUCUCGAAGCCUGCAGUACGUCGACAGUGCAACCCAUUCUCGCGCGCGAUCGAUGGGACGACCUGUCGGAAAGAGACUUCCUCGCCAUCUCACCAGCACUCGUCUUAGCAUCAAACCUACUCACCUGCGACCGCAGUGUGCACUUCUGGCAUGCGGUAUCUUGGGGCAAUCACGAGCCUAGGGCUGACAACGUUAUGUUACAACGAGUUCAGAUCAACCCAGUGCACGAUACCAGUAUUCCUCUGCCCGCCUUCGAAAAAGGUAGAGCCCUGGAGUUUUUAAACGAGCUGUCGCUCGCAGUGAGGCUGCAUUUCGGCGAGCGAGUUGACCAUGAACCUCAAGGCGAGUGUUUCUGCGGCGCCAGCUUGCGUCAAAUCCCAGAGUUUUCAGAUGCUCCACGUCACCGAAGACGGAGCACCACCACUAUAGCCACCAAGGCUCUUGACCGCUUGAAGAACCGCAUAGCAAUGCCCCUGGGCAAUGUGGACGCCUCGCUGCGAGAUUGGUUCAACAUGGCUGUCACAUUCGUUCACGAAAUUGCCCACGCUGCAUCAUGCGCUAUACGCGGCGACAUGCCGGAGGCUUUCUUCGGGGACCAGACAUUUCGCGAGAUGGGCUUUGCGAUCACCAAGUGGUUAUUCGACGGCGAUCCCUCUAUCCGCCGACUCAAGACUGGCGAGGAAAUUAUGGCCAUACAGCCAAUCCCGGAUCCUUACAUGGUAAAGAAGUACCGAGAGGAACCUAGGCCAUUCCCACUUCUGGAAUCACUGACAUCCAGGAGUGAGCUGAUGGGCGUGAUUAGCGACGACUUCGUCAGAGCAAUGCAUCUACGAAGGACUUGGGAGAUAGACGUGCCUGCUAGUGGUUGCAGACUGCUUGCGCCGCCCGUGAGAGCCUGCACGUGCGACCGCUGUGCGGCUCUCGCAGUGAUGCAAGAGUCUGCAGACCUGACCUCUCAACCAGUCGCGCGCCCUAAAGCCAAUGUUCGUGUGGGUGUGCGAGAUCCAUCUCCCAGAGCUGGUGAGGUGAGACAUAAUGCGACCCGGGCAGAAGACCUCGGUGGGGAACGAGUGGAGAUGGAAGAGUGGAUGUUGUCGCUUGGCUAUCUGGACAUCGAAGACUUAGGAGAUGUGGAGAUGAUCGAGAUGGCACGUCGUGUGCGUGAUGGUAACGAGAGGCGGUACACGGGGUGUACAGCACUCGAGUGA